AGUGUCUCUUAAACCAAUGUAAAGAAACAUAGCAGAGCAAAAAAUGAUGAUCGAAAUCAAGUCGGAAAUAGUUUCUAGGCAAACCAUCAAACCCUCCACACCUACUCCUUCCCACUUGAAAACCUUCAAGCUCUCUCUUCUCGAUCAAAUCUCCCCUAACAUCCAUGGCAACAUGACUUUCUUCUACCCAUCUAAUAACUCCUCCCAUUCCAUCUCUGACCAUGGCUUCUUCCACAAAUCCAAGCUCCUCCAACACUCUAUCUCCAAAACACUCUCCCUCUUUUACCCACUGGCCGGACGUCUCCACGACGCCGCCACCGUUAAUUGUAACGACGAAGGUGCUUUCUUUGUGGAAGCCAAAGUCAACAUCCAACUGUCCCACUUCCUAAAUAAACCCGACUUGAAUCUCAUGGACCAUUUCUUACCUACCACUGAUCCCCCUACCAUGGAAUUAUCGAAUGGUGCCAUGUUCCUCGUUCGGUUCACUAGCUUCAGUUGCGGUGGUGUGGCUGUCAGUCUCUCCCUCACUCAUAAGCUCUUUGAUGUGUCCGCCCUACUCACUCUUCUUCAGACCUGGUCAUCGGUUUGUUGCGGAUCGAGUCACCCCAUUGCCCCUAUUCUCAUCGGGGAAAAGUUUUUGGCACCCAGAGAUGAACUGUCUGCCAUAUCUGCAACGAAUAGAAUCGAAGCUGAAAAGUUUGUGCAGAGGAGGUUCGUGUUUAGUGCAGCAAAGAUUGCAGAACUGAAGGCUGAAGUCAAUAAGGAAUUUCAUGACGUGUUUCAAAGCUAUCCCUCUCGUGUUGAGGUGGUUUUGGCACUCAUAUGGAAGUGUGCCGUGGCUACCAAGAAACAGAAAACAGGGAAAUUUGGACCGACAGUAAUGUUUCAAGCCGUCAAUCUGCGUAAAAGGUUGUCUCCUCCGCUACCGGAGACUGCGGUUGGGAAUUUCAUAUGGCCGUUUACGGUGUUUGCAUAUGAAGAUAAAGAUUUAGAGCUACAUAAGUCGGUGAUUCAAAUGAGAAAAUGCUUAAACGAAUUCAACAACACCAAGGCAAAUAUGUUCAGAGGCGAAGGAGCUACACAGGCAAUCAUGGAGGCCAUAAAAGAGACAGGAGAGUUGUUUAGAAACAACAAGGAAAUGAUUGUUUACAAGUGUUCAAGCUGGUGCAAGUUCCGUCUGUAUGACACUGAUUUCGGGUGGGGAAAGCCGCUAUGGCUUGUCAGUGUAAACAAAUUGGUGAGCAACACAAUUGCUUUGGCUGACACACGGUCCGGUGAUGGAAUUGAUGUUUUAAUGACUUUGGAUGAAGAAGAAAUGGCCUUGUUUCAACAAAAUAAACAACUCCUCAAAUAUGCUACUCUUAACCCCAGUAUUUACGCUUGAUGUUUUAGGGUUUCUGCAUUUCAAAUUGUAACCGCAGUGUGCGACUCUGUUCCAAUACAUUUUGCUUCCUUUUACAAUGGAUUGAUCACAUAAUUAUGUAAUCUUUUCUUGUGCAAAACAACGGCAGAAUACGACGAUAAAUGAUUAAAUUUGCCAUGUAAUUAGUGUGCAAAAUCAAGUUCCAUUCUAGUGCGGCCACAUCG